CCAGUGUCUCACAACGGAAGAAGGCAUAUCCGAAGCCGUAGGAGAAAACGGCACCCCACAUGGAGCAGGAGGGAAGGAUGGCAGGGGAGAAUUGCGGACAUUUUGGUUCUGGAAUUGCCUUGGGCAUGGUUAGUCACGAGGAGUGGUAGCAGUAGGAGAGCUUCAGAAGACGGUAUGGCGAGUGUCCAGGCGCUUUCCAUCUUGCCGCCGGGAUCGGUGUUUGCAAAUCCUCGAUGGCCCGGUCAGUCCUCCAGUCGUUUAGCUGAAGCCACUUUCCGCAUUGUUGGCAACCAUGUAGGAGGAAGCUCACGCCCUGCUCGAAAUCUGGAUUAUUCUCGGAGCCCGAAGAGGCAUAUUGCUAGAAGCUCGAGAAGCUCCGACUUGGUCUCUCCUUCUGCGCCACUAGUCGGUCUAAUUGGCUGGACUUCUCAGUCGGGAGGAUUUAAGUCCAAUUUUUUAUUUCCCAUCCAUGUCUCCUCGAGAGUGGCAGAAAAUCGCCUGUCGAGUUCUUUUGAGACUAGAAUUCAAAAGCCUGUUUUCUCCAGAGCUGCAGUCUCCACAAAACAGGAGAACACUGUCGUGACGACUGAGCAAGGGGGCGGCGGAGGAGGCAUGGGUGGGCCUAAUGACGGAGGCGGAGGAGGUGGGAGAGGAGGUGGUGACGCCGUGGACUGGAUUUCUAGCGCUCUCAUUUUUUCUUUCUGGGCUGGUUUGUUGUAUUAUGGCGCUGUUUUGGCACCAAAUCAAACAUCGUACAGAGACACCUACUUCAUAGAGAAAUUAAUUGGUCUUCACGGCGACGAUGGAUUCGCUAUGAACAAAGUUUUGACCGGGGAAUGGUUAAUGAUGGGCUUAUGGCCACUUAUAUACACUUGCCUUUUGAUUCCCAGUGGGAGAAGUCGGAAAGGUGCGCCUGUCGGACCAUUUGCAGCACUCUCAGUAGCUCUAGGAGCGUUUGCUCUUCUACCAUAUUUUGGGCUUUGGCGACCGCCACCACCUUCUGUAUCCAGAGAUGAGCUCAGUCGGUGGCCUCUAGCUAUUUUGGAGUCGAAGAUUACUGCUGUGGUGGCUGUCGUUUCAGCAGUUGUAUUAUUAGGAUACGUGGGGGUUGCUGGUGCGGAUCAGUGGAUUGAAUUUUCCCAAUACUUCAGAGAGAGCAAAUUUAUACACAUAAUGACAAUUGAUUUCUUCACGCUGGCAACCUUGUGCCCAUUCUGGGUCUACAACGACCUUGCCAUCAGGAAAGGGUCUGAUAAUACAUCUCCUUUGUGGGCACUUGCUUUCGUGCCUCUCUUGGGACCAUCUCUUUACCUCCUUCUACGACCCUCUUUACCACCGUCUAUGAUAUUAGAGACGGAGAAAAAGAACGACGAAAUUUCUACUUAACUGUAAAUUUUGUACCAUAACAACCAUGAAGGCAAGCAAAUGCACUCCCAACAGCAGUGCCCGUGCUUCACGGAUGUACUUUUCCAUCUUCACAAUCAAGCACAUUGACGUCUGAAAUGUAACCUAGAGCCGCAAAAGGAUUUUCCCGACAUUUAUUUUCUGCCUGAUUCUGAACAAUAUACAGGAGAGACAAUUUUCUCUCCCUCUCUUGCUAUUGUAAAAUCAGUCGACCUCAUCGGUUAUGGAAAAUUGAUCCGGUUUCGAGCCGAAAAGCAAAAUGCGAUAUUUCUAAGAUCAGCCGGUGGACUUCAAGAUGAAAUGCAGACUCUAACCAAAAGUGAUUUCUGCACUAAGUCACACCCGUCUCUGCAGUCUGAGGUAUACCUGUGACCUGGGAGGUUGCUCGUUACGAUUUUCUACGCCUGGCUUACAUGUAUCAGCGGUAAUAGUCGGCAAAAUGUUCUGAAAGAAAGAAAGUGGAUUUCCUGA